UGGAUUCAAAGCAAGUCCGUGCCAACAUCUGAGAAAGUUAACUGAAACUCUGCCAGAGGAAUGAGAGUGAAGAUGAUGGAAAGACAUAGUCAGAUUAUUUUAUGGAGCUCACCUGUUAGUGAUGAAGCUGUGAGAUGAGGCAGAAGUUGCUCAAGACUCUUGAUUAGAAUGGAACCAGUUGAUAGAGAGACAUCACCAGAGAUGGAUGACAAAACUAUUACCAUGUUUACAGGAACAGUCCAUUGGUCACACAGAAGCUUUGAAAUCUACCAGAAAGGAGCGAUGUCUGUAGCUAACUGUAGAAUGCAACAAGCCUCAUUGAACCCAAGUCUUGACACUCCUGGAGUGACAGGUCUUUUCUUAAGCUUCAACAAGCCUCGUAGAGAAUGCAACAGCCUCGCAGAGAAUGCAACAAGCCUCGUAGAGAAUGCAACAAGGCUCGCAGAGGAUGCAUCAAGCCUCGUAGAGAAUGCAACGGCCUCGCAGAGAAUGCAACACGCCUCGCAGAGAAUGCAACAAGGCUCGCAGAGGAUGCAUCAAGCCUCGUAGAGAAUGCAACGGCCUCGCAGAGAAUGCAACACGCCUCGUAGAGAAUGCAUCAAGCCCUUCCUGAGCCGUUAGUCUUCAGUGGUGAAUGAUGAUAAAAGUUGAUGCUGCUGAAGCAGAAAAAUGCUUAACAUUUUCUCCUAAGCAAGAUGGAACACCGACUCUCUGUAACGGACUCUACGAAGGAUAAAUACUUUCCCGACUCUCAAGAACUUUGAAUGAAGGAGAUUCCAACCCUAUGGAGCAUAGCAUCGUGAAGAAGUUUUAUCUCAAGACAUAACGUCUGGAUUCAAGGUAAAGGCACUGGACACUAUUGGUUAUUACUCCAAGUAAUUGUUAGCAUAAAA